CAUCUCUACUUUGAAAGGUAGCAUACUUACUGCCAAGAAGCAGCGAGACAUGGCUCAGCUCCAACUACCCCAAAUAGACCUCUCAGGGCUGCGAGAGAAGCAUACAGGGACCCCGGAAUGGGAAGCUGCGAGAGCCCAGGUCCUCCAGGCGCUGCGGUCCUACGGCUGUUUCGAGGUCAUCUAUGAUGGGGUCAACCAGCAGCUUCGCGAGGCGGUCUUCAGAAAUGCAGCGAGGGAGGUGCACAGCCUCCCUGCCGAGACCAAGUCGCAGAGCCCUGGCUACUUAGGCCAUGCCACUUUUAAGGCAGUGGACAGCUCCAUCCUGGAUGCCACACCAGAGGGCAUCCAGAGCUUCACCAACCUUAUGUGGCCCCAAGGAAAUGCAAGCUUUUGUGAGACGAUUAAGUGCUACGUAGAGGGACUAAAGGAGUUGGGUCGGAUGAUCCAAAAGAUGGUGCUGGAGGGGUUGGGCGUAGAGGAGUACCAUGACUCUCUCGUCGAAUCCACACAUUACACUCUGCGAUUGUCGUCAUACAGCAAUGAACCGGGUCAACAGCAAAAGAUGGAGGCCUUUCCAAGCCACAAGGAUCCAAACCUACUGACCAUUAUUUUCCAGGAUGAAAUAAGCGGGCUUGAGGUGCAGAUCAAGAAUGGUGAUUGGAUCCGCGCCAGCCCUAACUCUUUCAUAGUCAUGCCGGCCGAUUCCUUUGAGGCAUGGACCAACGGAAGGUUGCAGUCCGUCAAGCAUCGAGUGGUGCUGAAUGGUGAUGAGAUGAGACACUCCACCAUCCUUGCAGCCGCUCCCAAGGAAGGGUACGUGGUCCAAGCCCCCAAGAAGCUGGUUGAUCAGCACCACCCGGCUCUCUUCAAGCCGUUCGAUUUCGCGGAGUACUUCCGUUUCCGCACAUCGGAGGCAGCUCUGAAAGCAGAAGACGUGCUCAAGGCCUACUGCGGGGUCCAGGGGGACCAAGUGGAAGAGGAAGCAUGA